AUGGAAGGUCUCCUAUACUCUGCAGUCAGAUUUGAAGGUGUGCAACUUCAUAGUGGCAUUUCUCCAAGUUUUGUGUGGAACUUGUAUGAUGAUCAAUUACUCCGGUUGAUGGGAAAUGCCAUGGUCACGAACAUGGUCAUGGUCACGGUCAAGGCCAUGAUCACGAUCACCGGCAUAGUGGAGAUGGUCAUGACCAUGGAAGCCAUGACCAUAAUGACGAGGAUCAUGCUGGACAUAACCCAAAACCCCAAGUCACAGCUAAUGCACAUCACCACCAUCAUGAUAAAGAAUUUCUGGAACAUCAUCAUGAGCAUGAUCAUCAUCAUGGCCAUGAAACAGAUCUUACAGAGCCAUUGGUCAAGGCUUGCUGUGAUAUCAAUAGCGAGAAAGAGACACCACCAUCAUGAUAAAGAAUUUCUGGAACAUCAUCAUGAGCAUGAUCAUCAUCAUGGCCAUGAAACAGAUCUUACAGAGCCAUUGGUCAAGGCUUGCUGUGAUAUCAAUAGCGAGAAAGAGAGUGGGCCGAAACAGAAGAAGCGAUGGAAUAUUAAUGUACUGGGUGCUUAUCUUCAUGUGCUAGGCGAUUCGAUUCAGAGUGUUGGCGUGAUGAUUGGUGGAACGAUCAUAUGGUAUAAGCCCGAGUGGAAGAUCAUCGAUUUGAUAUGUACCCUUAUAUUCUCAGUGAUUGUGCUGGGCACUACAAUAAGAAUGCUUUGGAAUAUUUUGGAGGUUCUCAUGGAGAGCACACCGAGGGAGAUUGAUGCCACAAGGCUGGCACAGGGUCUGUGCGAGAUGGAUGAUGUGACUGCAGUGCAUGAGUUGCACAUCUGGGCAAUAACAGUCGGGAAAGUCUUGCUGGCUUGCCACGUUAAAAUAAAGCAUGAAGCCAAUGCGGACAUGGUGCUGAACAAGGUUGUUGACUUCAUCAGAAGAGAAUAUAACAUCAGCCAUGUCACUAUUCAGAUAGAGCGUGAGUAGAUGUUGAGCUAGUGAGAUGACCCAUCUGUAGUUAGGCAUCGAUGCACUGAAUAUAUGUGGAGAUCUUUGAAGGAUCUGGUGAUUCAACUUUUCUCGAUCACAAAGAUGAUGAGCACCUACACUAUGUUUCCUUGAGAAGCCAGCUGGAUCAACACUGAGGUUAAAUUUCAUCUCUUAAUUGUCCAGUUGACAUUAAACCUUUCACCAUGUAUAAAAUGCAGUGUGCACGGCCCUUGUUCGCAACUUUUGGACAUGCUACCCAUGCUUUUAUAUUGCCUGUGUUAAUUGA